ACCAACAGCCCAAAGUACAAGCCAACAACAGCACUUCUUUCCCCAUUCUUCUUCUCUUCUCCGAGGGCGACCAUGGCCGUCGACUUGAUAGGACGUGGCUACCCACCUCGCAGCCUCGCCGCCGAGGAACAGCACGAGCAGCUAGCUUUCCAGGAGGCCGCAGCCGCAGGUCUACGCAGCUUGGAGCUCCUCGUCUCCUCGCUCUCCCCGCGCGCCGACCGCGCAACGCCGCUCGGGGAGAUCGCUGACCAGGCGGUGUCCAAGUUCCGCCGCGUCAUCAGCAUCCUCGACCGCACCGGCCACGCCCGCUUCCGCCGUGGACCUGUCGGAGGAGCUGCCGCCGCGUUGACUUCCCCUCCUAUCUCUUCUCCUCCUCCGAUGCCAGUCCGAGCACCGGCCCCGGCGCCGGCGCCAGCGAGCUCCCUGCAGUUGGCACCCCAGAAGAGCCUGACGCUGGACUUCACGAAGCCCACCAAGGCGCCGGCAGCGGCAGCGGCCGCGGCGCCUUCGGUGACGUCGACGUCUUUCUUCUCGUCGGUGACUGCGGGAGGCGAAGGCAGCGUGUCCAAGGGCCGGAGCCAGCUUGUGUCCUCCGGCAAGCCGCCGCUCGCGGCAGGGACCAAGCGCAAGCAGCACCAGCUGCAGCCGCCGCCCUGCGCGAGCGGCGCGCACUCGGACGCCGCCGGUGGGCGGUGCCACUGCUCCAAGAAGCGCAAGCACCGGGUGAGGUACACGGUGCGCGUUGCGGCGGUCAGCUCGCGCGCGGCGGACAUCCCCGGCGACGAGUACUCGUGGCGCAAGUACGGGCAGAAGCCCAUCAAGGGGUCCCCUUACCCGCGCGGCUACUACAGGUGCAGCACCGUGAAGGGCUGCCCGGCGCGGAAGCACGUGGAGCGCGCCACCGACGACCCGGCCACGCUCGUCGUCACCUACGAGGCCGACCACUGCCACGACGCCUCGCCGCCGGCCGCCGCGGCCAACUAGAGCUCCCUUGACAGCUGCGGGAUCUGAUUUCCUUCUUCCAUUUGUUCUUUCAGUUAGUAAUACGUAGUGCUAUUAGCGAUCUAAGCCUUGUGUAAAGAAUCCAGGAUUAGCAAUGAAAUGUUGUCAAAUCAGUUUCCUUCUUC